ACCUGGCAACAUGUGAGAAUAUUUUGUUUUUCUUCUACAAUUCUACAUUUUGUUUUAAAAAAUGGCCGGCGAAAAUGUUACUACAGUAGAUGUGAGCGAAUUGCCUUUACCUCGCUUAACUCAAAUUAAGCAGGAAUUAGAUACGCAAGUAGAAAUAUUUGGCAGUUCCCUGCAGCAGCUGAAAAUAGCUCAGAAAAAAUAUGGUGAUUCUAAAGAAUGUGUAGAAAAAAUGCAAAACAUGAAAGAGGGGAAUUCCUUACUGGUGCCACUCACAGACUCUAUGUAUGUUCCUGGAGAACUAGAUGAAACUAAGAAAGUACUAAUUGAUAUAGGAACAGGAUAUUAUGUAGAAAAGGAGAUUCCAGAUGCCAUCGAUUAUUUCAAAAGGAAGGUAAAAUUUGUUACAACACAAAUAGAAAAAGUUCAGCAAAUCAUGAAGGAAAAACUCAUUGCUCGAGAAGUUGUUAUUGAGACAAUGGAGAGCAAAAUCCAAGCUACCCUAGCAGCACAACAGGCAUCCAUUGCUGCUGCUAAAUCCUGAGAGCUUUCACUGCUUAUUUAUUAUCUGUUUUUGUAUACAUCUGUAAAGAGAGAAAAAAGAAAAAAAACUGCUGCUGUUUCUAGUUUCAAUAAUUUUUGACAUUUCACUUCAGUAAUUCAUGGUACUUAACAUUAAAUAUUGUGCGACAAACUGCAUGCUUUUCUUCAAUAAUGUCAACUACUAAGCCAUAAGAUGAAACUUAUCAUGCUUAUUGUGCAUUCAACAGUUAUGAAAUAAUUCUUAUAAAGAAUUUUGAACAAUAAAUUUACAAUAAAGACUUUUAUUAAAGUGUGAA